AGAUGUGGGUAAGUCUGCACUUUUGUAGAUUUCCCUCUCGAGAUGAACACAAGCAAAAAUGAAAUGUCCAGUGAUCUUUAAAAUCUUGUUGCUCUUAGUCGGUCAAGUUAUGAAUACAGAUUUUAGAGAAGUGCUUUUCCAAUCAUCUCAUUUUUAUUUAAUCUGUCUGCUCCCUGCAACUUCAAUGAACUACCCUCAAAUAGAAAAUGAUAUUGAGUUCAAAUAUAUAAAGGCUUUGUGGUUCCGGAAUGUUCCUGUGAAAGGGAUGGGUGGUGGACCCACCCCGGGGUAAAAAGACAAGAUCAGAGGGAAAGUGGGGAGGGUUGUGGAGGUCUGCGAUUCACUGAGGAGGCUAUGACGCAGGUAAUAUUGUUGCAUGAGAAAGAUAAAUUGUAUGUGGAGGUUGUAUGAACCAAACACAACCUCCAUACCUGCAAGUGUAAAGAAACUAAUUUUGGUUCCAAAGCAUUAAACAUGAUGCUAUUUACCAUAAUUUUGAUGUUGUCAUUGGCAAAUGGCGAUACAUACCCUUCAGGGCAUUUUCAGUAUUAUUUAGAAGAUGAAUCUCCUGAAGAAACAUCACUCCGGGUUCUCAGGGGAACUGAUACUCAUCCCACAGCUGGAUCUCCUUCUCCCAAGCUCUCAGUGCACUUCUCCAUGAGUGCAGAUCCCCAGCGAAACACACAGUGGUGGUCUCCAGAAAGGCCUUACACAAAAAGGAAGCAGAAUGUUGCGUACUACAAUCUCAAUUCCUUCGGCCUCCGCUAUGGAAAGAGAGAGCAGAACAUGCUUGCAGAGUUUAAACAGAAGAUAGCCAUAAAGUGAGGUCCACUGGGCCUUUUUAAAUCUUGUGUAUUGUUCUUUGAGGUUUUAUAUUAAUUAGAAAUGAUCUGUAGAUUGAUUUGUGGAGAUAACAUUAGUGCAAUAGUUCACAGACUUUAGUAAACUGCUGUUAUGAUAACUGUCAGGACACAUUUUGCUAGUAAUUAAUAAAAAUGUUUUGUCAAACAACCUGAAUAAAAGAACUUUAUUAGAUAAUA